AUGACAUCAUCAUCGGAAGGAGAGAUACUGCAAGUUGGUCAGGUCAUCAGGGAGCGAUGGAAAAUCAAGGCCAAAAUCGGUGGUGGUGGGUUCGGUGAAAUUUAUGAAGCCACCGACGUCCAGAAUCAUCAUGAACGGGUAGCGAUAAAGGUUGAAUCAAGUAAAGCGACCAAGCAAGUGCUCAAAAUGGAGGUGGCGGUUCUACGUCGUCUUCAAGGCAAAAAGCAUGCGUGUAAAUUUUACGGGUGUGGUCGCAAUGAUAAAUUCAACUAUUUGGUGAUGAGUCUACAAGGAAAAAACCUGGCCGAUUUGAGACGCGAAGCACCGAAACAGUGUUUUUCGCUGAACACUGCCAUCCGAAUCGGUCUGCAAAUUUUGAACGGAAUUCGCGAGAUUCACUCGAUCGGAUUCUUACACAGAGAUGUCAAACCGUCGAAUUUCGCAAUGGGAAGAACAGCUCAAACGAUGCGCAACGUUUACAUGCUCGACUUCGGAUUAGCCCGCCAAUAUUUGAAUGCGAAAGGUGAAAUCCGAAGUCCCAGAAGCGCUGCGGGAUUUCGCGGAACCGUUCGAUAUGCUGCCGUAACUGCACACAAGAACAAAGAAAUGGGACGACAGGACGAUUUAUGGUCCCUAUUUUAUAUGCUAACUGAGUUCUUGCAAGGCCAAUUACCGUGGCGUAAAAUUAAGGACAAAGACGAAGUUGGAAGAAUGAAGGAUGAAGUCGAUUUGAACAUUCUGUUGGAAGACUGUCCUUCCGAGUUGCAUUUAUUCGCUGCACAUCUCAAAACAUUAGGUUAUCCCGACACUCCGGAUUACGCAUUUUUAGAAUCUCUUCUUAACAAAAUUAUAGCAAAAAAUUCGAUUAGCUGGGAUGAACCAUACGAUUGGGAGCUCGGCUACGAGAAUACCUCAUCUCGGCAGAAAUCAGCAAAUGGAAAUGUGUCAACUCGACUCAAAUCACACACGACCGCUGUUAUUCGAGAUCAACGAAAUGAUAACCGAGCACUGGACACCCAAGCACCGAUUACAAUGGGCGAAGAUGAUGACGAGCAGACGAAUGGUCAAAUGGCAAAUAUGGGACUUCAUGGAUUUGAAAGUACACAUGAAAAAGCUGCCGAAAAACCCAAAUAUAAACGACAUGAGUUCUUAAAACCAAAAGUCGGAACAGUGAAUCUCGAUGUAAUCGAUGCUGUGAACGCCCGUUUCGCUGCUUGCGACGAAGAGAAUCGUGCCGGAAACUGCGACGUCGAAGCGAAUUUUCAAUUGCCUUCCUCAAUCCUCAAACCUCAGCCUCAGCUUGCCGAAUCGUCGAUAUCCGUUAAACGUGGCGCAUUUCCCACAGAGAAAACUAAAAGUAACAAAUCAAUUACGUUGUCGAUUAAUCGAUAUCCACAAAGAGCAAAAACCAACAAAAUCUCGUCAUUCGAGAAUACGAAUGCCCAGAUGGAUGAUUGCUCGGCAACAAAUGCUCGAACAGCUCAGUCGAUCGUCAGUAAAUGGCAAGGUUCUUUCGAUGCGUCAUGCGAGGAAAUGAUGGACGGAGCGACCGAGGAUGAAAGAAAUGUCGCCCGAUUGAACCCAGCAUUCCCUGUACCGAAAGCAUCCCUUCUAUCUACUCCUAGAUCUAUAGAUUCUAACACUUCUCCUGGAGGUGGAUCACCUUCAUCUCCAAUGAAUCCUAAAUCUUCUCCAAUAGCACAACGUCGAUUAUCCCGGUCUGAUAAAGAGAAAGAAAGAGCGAAUAUGCAUCGAACGGCGAGUUGUGGUGCCCCACAAUCACACAGUAUUAUCAGCCAUUUCAAGGGUUUGAUUAAUUCGUUUAACAAUCUUGGUGUCGGUAGUCGAUUGUCGAGAACAACUUCGAUUGAUGAGACCGGAAAUCGGCCGAGUGCUCCAUCUAUUCGAACGGAAGUUACUGAUAACUACGGCAUGCGCCAUUCAAAUUCAAUGGGUGUGCAGAACCCUCGUGAAAGUCGGACCACUCAGAAAAUUAGUGCGACUUUCAAUGCUUAUGAAUCUCCCGAAGAAAGAGAAAAACGAAGAGAACGAAGGUUGCGAAGAAGAAGUGUCGAGAGCAACGGAAGGGUUGAUCUCGAGACACCGCCAGCGUCGAUUCGAUCUCCAGCUAUCCUUCAGAAGUCGUCAGUAAUGCAUUCAUCGCCAGUUCAAUCAACAAUCAAACUGCGCGAUAAUGGUCUGAAUGAUGAAGAAUUCCGAAUUCCGCUCGAGGAAAACAAUAAGCCCCUUUUGUUCUAUAAAAGGAAACGAUAUCAGUUUUUGAACUUUCCGCGAACUUCCUCAAAAUCAUAA